AUGCUGCGAAGGUGGAUUUUCGCAAGACGUUUCGCCACCAAGACGAGACUGCCUCAGGGCAGGACACUAGAGGCACCGCCAAUGAACGACAGUGAGCUACUGGAGGCGAUCGAGAAGGACCCUGAAAUUGUGAAUGACAGAAAAUGGCGAAACUCGUACUACCACCAGCUCUCGCAGCUGUCCGGAGUGCUGGACACGCGGUUCCAGGAAAAGCUGCAGAAGAACCUGCGCAAAAUCGAGAGCUACAACGUGCGCAUCAACACCCCGAUCGAGGAGCGGAUUCGCGUGGAUCUCACCAAGGAAAACCUCACGUUUAGAGACUUCUAUUCAAAUCUAUUAGUUGCAAAAGCUAUCGAGAACUCGACCGGCAUAACCACGCCAACAGAGUUCCAGAAACGGAUUUUUGCACUGGCCAGUGGAUAUGUGAGCACUGUGGCCGUUGGCGAGCCGGGAACAGGCAAGAGCACGGCGUUGUUCACGCACGGUCUCUUUCUUCGCCGUGCUCCGGCACGCGGUGAGGGCAUAAACUCGCUCGUGCUUGUGAACUCCGGGCUGCAGGCAGUGCAGAUGAGAAAGUACGCGGAAAAAGUGUAUCAGAGCAUUCGUCGCGUCAAGCCAAAGAGCCUGCCCAAUAUCCAGACGAUGGCACAGUUUCUGUAUCGCGCCGACCAGCAAACAGAGGAGCAGCAGAUCAAGGACUUGAUGGACACUCCGUGCCCCCACAUCCUCGUGUCCACGCCCCAGCGUCUGUUGGACUUGCUUGCCACCCGUGGUAUGGACUUCAUGAAGGUGAACAGUCUGGCGUACAUUGGAGUGGACGACAUCGACCAUAUGAUGGAUACCGACGCGCCGGUCGACGCCCAGCGCAAAACGGCUAUUGUGAAGCUGCUCGAUUACGUGCUGAAGCUCCAAGACUACCGGCGUUUUCACAACGAGCCGCAUCCGCAGCUGCUGUUCACCACCACGGCGCCCACUCCGCGAUCAUUUCUGGACGAGUUGCAGGACCACACGCAGUGGUUCGACUGGAGCAAAUUCCACGAGAUGGGCAGUUUCACCCGGGGCAACAUGGCCGACACCUGUGUUGUGCCGAAGAACGUCGGCGUGGGGUGUGUUUUGGUGCGCCCUAGCAUGACCAAGUCCAACAAGGUCCGCACAAAUUUGGUGAGCAUGAAAGCUCCAAAUUACGGCGAGCGUCACGACUGGGAGCAACAGGCCGACGGCGAAGCGGCCUACGUGGAGUACUGGAAACGUAAGCGUAGUCUGAUGGACAAGCCGGUUCGCGAGGGCGAGCUGGCGGUGCUCGUUUCCGGGCUAGUCAAGCUGCUCAAGAAGCAGAAGCAGAAUUUCCAGAAAACUGUCUUGGUGAUCGUCUCGGACGAAACCAGCGUGUUCCAGGUGCAAGGCCUGCUCGCGAAGCUCGGGAAAAACGUCGAGGUGUUCAAUGGUCAGGAAAAUGCCACGGCCGCAAAAAAAGGCAAGCUGCUGAUUGCCAAUGUGAAGACGGUUGAAGGUAUGACGUUCAAGUCCCUGGACACCAUGGUUGUCCUUGGGCUAGACGCGCUCCGCGACACCAAAACAUUUGUCUCUCUCUGUGGGAGGUUCCGCAACGAGUCUGGACUGAUUGCGCAGGACCAAUUUGGGCUUGUGGACGACGAAAAGGAGGUGAAAAACAAAAUGAUAAUUUUGUCGCCGGUUCUGGACGUCGGCGAGGAGGAAAGAAAUCAUCUGCAUCGUCUGUGUCUGCGUGGCGGUCUUGUCAAGUGGAUCGACGUCGUCGGAGUCUCCGAAUGA